AUGUCCUGGCUGCUGGUCCUGCUAGUUCUGCAUGCUCUUCCAGCUCUUGUUGUGCCCAUACCCAGUUUAUCAUCUGGAGGCUGUGCCAUUAUCCGGCCCCCCAGGGAUGGGGGGAUCCGCUACCGAGGCCUGACACAAGAACAGAUCCGUAGUGUGCAGAUCCUGCCAGUGGAUUAUGAGAUUGAGUACAUCUGCAGAGGGAACAGGGUGAUCGUAGGACCCAAAGUCAGGAAGUGUUUGCCCAACGGCACGUGGACAGACAUGUCGCAACACAGCAGAUGUCUAUUGCUGUGCCCGCGGGUUUGGACAUCUUUGGAGAAUGGCCGGGUAGCGGUGAGUCCACCGGGGCCGCCGGUGGAGGGCGUGGUGCUCCAUUACAGCUGCCAUGAUGGCUUCAUCCUGGAGGGCAGAAACAUCAGCCACUGCACCAAGCUGGGCAAGUGGGACUCGCCCAAACCCACCUGCCUCUAUGACAGAAACUAUACAGGAAAGAAGAAGCUCUACAUCGGCGCUCUGUUCCCCAUGAGCGGGGGCUGGCCGGGCGGCCAGGCGUGUCUGCCCUCCGCCCAGAUGGCCUUGGACCUGGUCAACAACCGGACCGACAUCCUACCGGACUACGAACUGGAGCUGAUCCACUACGACAGCAUGUGUGACCCGGGUGAAGCCACGAAGCUGCUGUAUGAUCUCCUCUACACAGAGCCCAUCAAGAUCGUUCUGAUGCCCGGCUGUAGUGGAGUCUCCACCCUGGUGGCAGAGGCGGCUCGCAUGUGGAACCUGAUUGUGUUGUCCUACGGCUCUAGCUCACCAGCUCUGUCCAACAGACAGCGGUUCCCCACGUUCUUCCGGACUCACCCGUCGGCCACGCUCCACAACCCCACCCGGGUGCAGCUGUUCCAGAAGUGGAAGUGGACCCGCAUUGCCACCAUCCAACAGACCACCGAAGUGUUCACCUCGACUCUGGAUGAUCUGGAGCAGAGGGUGAAGGAGGCAGGCAUCGAGAUCAGCGUUCGUCAGAGUUUCCUCACCGACCCUGCUGUUGCUGUCAAGAACCUCAAGCGCCAGGACGCCAGGAUCAUCGUGGGGCUCUUCUAUGAGACGGAGGCCAGGAAAGUCUUUUGUGAGGUGUUCAAGGAGAAGUUGUAUGGGAAGAAGUAUGUGUGGUUUCUGAUUGGCUGGUAUGCCGAUAACUGGUUCAAGAUCAAAGACCCGGCCAUCAACUGUACUGUGGAGAACAUGACUGAGGCUGUGGAGGGACAUGUCACCACCGAGAUCGUCAUGCUCAAUCCAGAGACCGUCCGCGGCGCCUCAAACAUGACGUCUCAGGAGUUCCUGGCGGCAUUGAUGUCUCGGCUGGGGGGGAAGAACCCAGAGGAGACCGGUGGGUUUCAGGAGGCCCCGCUAGCCUAUGAUGCGGUAUGGGCUCUGGCUCUGGCCCUCAACAAGACCGUGGCCCCGCUGAAGGUCAAAGGCCGGCGCCUGGAAGACUUCAACUACAACAACCAUGACAUCACCUCAGAGAUCUACAGGGCACUCAACACCAGCUCCUUCGAAGGGGUGUCGGGCCAUGUGGUGUUCGAUGCCCAGGGCUCCAGGAUGGCAAUGACUCUUAUUGAACAGCUGCAAGGAGGCAGCUAUAAGAAGAUCGGAUACUACGACAGUUCACAGAAAAACCUGUCCUGGUUCGGCAAUGAUGUUUGGAUAGGUGCGGGGCCUCCAGCUGAUCGGACAGUGGUCAUCGAAGAGUUCCGGUUCCUGUCUCAGAAGUUGUUUGCGGCUGUGUCUGUCUUUGCCGGCCUGGGCAUCCUGCUGGGCAUCAUCUGCCUCACCUUCAACAUCUACAAUGGCAACGUCCGCUACAUCCAGAACUCGCAGCCGUACCUGAACAACAUGACGGCGGUGGGCUGCAUGAUGGCCCUGGCUGCAGUCUUCCCACUGGGGAUUGACGGUCACCAUGUCCACAGAUCCCAGUUCCCUGUGGUCUGCCAGUUCCGCCUGUGGCUGCUGGGUCUGGGUUUCAGCCUGGCUUAUGGCAGCAUGUUCACCAAGAUCUGGUGGGUCCACACCCUCUUCACCAAGAAGGAUGAGAAGAAAGACAAGAAGAAGCAUUUGGAACCAUGGAAACUCUAUGCGACUGUUGGAGUGCUGCUGGCCAUCGACUUCCUGUCUCUCAUGAUAUGGCAGAUAGUGGACCCUCUUCACAUCACUGUGGAGAAGUUCACUAAGGAGGCUCCUAAAGCAGAUUUGGACGUCCUGAUUCAGCCACUGCUGGAACACUGCAGCUCUGAGAAGAUGAACACAUGGCUCGGUGUUGUGUAUGGCUACAAGGGUCUGUUGCUGCUGCUGGGCAUAUUUUUGGCCUAUGAGACCAAAUCUGUCUCCACUGAGAAGAUCAACGACCACCGAGCCGUUGGGAUGGCUAUUUACAACGUGGCUGUGUUGUGCAUGAUCACGGCGCCGGUGACUAUGAUCCUGUCCUCGCAGCAGGACGCCUCCUUUGCGUUCGCCUCGCUGGCAGUUGUCUUCUCUGCUUACAUUACUCUGGUGGUGCUCUUCGUGCCCAAGAUGCGCCGGCUGAUCACCCGCGGUGAGUGGCAGUCGGAGCAGCAAGACACGCUGAAGACCGGCUCCUCCACCAACAACAACGAUGAGGAGAAAUCCAGGCAGCUGGAGAGAGAGAACAGAGAGCUGCAGAAGAUCAUCCAGGAGAAAGAAGAGCGGGUGUCGGCACUGCGCAACCAGCUGGCUGAGAGACAAGCACUGCGCAACCGCAGACAGCCUUCAGCAGGGCAGAAUCAGAACCACAACGCCGCCCCUCCACCCUCCUCCCUACCUGAUCCCAAAUCCUUGCUCCCUCCACCCGGCUACCCCAACCCUGCCAUGGACAAUCACUCGCUCCCUGCCUCCUUCUCCAACUCCUCCAACCUCUACCAGGCAGACAGCAAGAUGAGUCGCAACCACUGUCACAACAGCCAGAUCCCCCUGCUGUAUAAAUAG